CUUUUCCCGGUUUUUCCAGAGAAAGCGGCGGACGACGACGUCCAGAAAUCCGACAUCUCCUCCAGCAGCCAGGGCGUCAUCGAGAAGGAAUCGCUGGGACCGCUCCUGCUGGAGGCCUUGGACGGCUUCUUCUUCGUGGUGAACCGGGAAGGGCGGAUCGUGUUCGUGUCGGAGAACGUGACGGGAUAUCUGGGAUACGGGCAGGAGGAGCUGAUGAACAGCAGCGUCUACAGCAUCCUGCACGUGGGAGACCACGCCGAGUUCGUCAAGAACCUGCUGCCCAAAUCCCUGGUGAACGGCGUUCCAUGGCCGCAGGAGGCCUCCCGCCGGAGCAGCCACACGUUCAGCUGCCGGAUGCUGAUCCGGCCCCCGGACGAGGCGGGCUCGGAAAACCAGGAAGCGCGGCAGCGCUACGAGGUGAUGCAGUGCUUCACCGUGUCCCAGCCCAAGUCCUUCAAGGAGGAGGGAGAAGAUUUCCAGUCGUGUCUGAUCUGCAUCGCCCGGAGGUUGCCCCGCCCGGCCGCCCAAGCCCCGGCUGAGUCCUUUGUCACCAAGCAGGACACCACAGGAAAAAUCAUCUCCAUCGACACCAGCUCGCUGCGCGCCGCCGGCAGGACGGGCUGGGAGGAUCUGGUCCGGAAAUGCAUCUACGCCUUCUUCCAGCCCCAGGGCCGGGAGCCCUCCUACGCCAAGCAGCUCUUCCAAGAAGUGAUGACCCGGGGCACGGCCUUCAGCCCCUCGUACCGCUUCACGCUGAGCGACGGCUCCGUGCUGAGCGCCCACACCAAGUGCAAGCUCUGCUACCCCUCGAGCCCCGAGGUGCAGCCCUUCAUCAUGGGCAUCCACGUCAUCGACAGGGAUCACGGAAUUCUCUCCCCCCAGGACAACCCCACGGCCGGCAUGGCCCUUCCCAGGGUCAGCCCGUCGCUGAAUCCCAGCGUUUCUCCAGGCCAGGGAAUGGCGCUGCCUCCUUCCCUCCCUCCUUCCAACGGCUCCGUGAUGGCCACGCCCCAUCCCGGCAAUUCCAGCACCAGCCAGCCCAGUUUCGGAUGCUCUCCCGGGAAUCAGCUGGGAUCCAACGUUGCCUUAAGCCAGGGCCAAGCCCCCGGCACUUCCCACCCUUUAUCCCUCAACAGCUCGCCCAUGAACAGUCCCGGAAUUCCGGCGCCGCAAUUCCUGUCCCCCCGGCACCGCGGCAGCCCAGGAUUGCUUCCCAGAUCCCGAGCUGCCGGCAAUCCCUUCUCGCCAUCCGUGCCCUCCAUGCACUCCCCGGUGGGCAUGGCCGGCGGCGGGAAUUCCCGGCCUUUUCCCAGCGCUCCUCCCAUGAACUCGGUGCAGGCGCUGCCGGAGGCUGCCGGCGCUCCGGUGGGAUAUUCCACGCCCCCUCUGCCGCCGCCAGUGCUGAGGCAGCUGAGCUCGCAGAGCUCUCCCGGCCGCCUCGCCAUGAAAUCCGAAUCCAAGGACAGCAAGGAGAUCGCCUCCAUCCUCAGCGAGAUGAUCCAGGCGGACACCGGCGCCGGCGGCGGCGCCGACGGGAAAACGCCGGAGCCGGGAAUUCUGCACGGAUCCGACGGCGACAACAAAUGUCCCCAAGGCACCAGCCACAAGCUGGUGCAGCUCCUGGCCAGCACGGCCGAGCAGCAGCUCCGCCACGCCGACGCCGACACCAGCUCCAAGGAUUCCUUGGCGUGCGCCGGCACCGGAGCCGGGAAUUCCUCGGGAAGCUCGUGCCCGUCGUCGCACAGCUCGCUGACGGAGCGGCACAAGAUCCUGCACCGGCUCCUGCAGGAGGGCAGCCCCUCGGACAUCACCACGCUGGCCAUGGAGCACGAGAAGAAGGAGAAUUCCGCCGGCAAUUCCGGAGCGGCGGCGCCGGGGCAGCAUCCGGGGACGCCGGACGGGAUGAAGCUGGAGGCGGAGAAGAAGAAGGAGGCCAAGGAUCACCAGCUGCUCCGGUAUCUCCUGGAUAAGGACGAGAAGGAGCUGGGAGCGGCGCCGGCGCUCAGCCUGGAGGACGUCAAGGUGAAGGUGGAGAAGACGGAGCCCAUGGAGCCGUGUCCGGCCGCUCCGGCGCCGCUGGCCAAGGCUGCGGCCGCAGACGAGGUCAAGCUGGAGGCGCAGGGCCAGUUCGCCGCCGAGCUGGAGCAGCUGGAUCAGCUCCUGCCUUCCUUGGAAAAGGCGGCGCCGCUGCCUGGAAUGUGCGGCCCGGAGAGGAGCGAUUCCGGAGGGUCCGGAGUGAAGCCGGAGCUGCUGCAGCCCAGCACCGCUGCCAGAGCCCCCACGGGGCUGCCGCCUCUCGGCGCCGCUCCGGCCGUUCCUUCCCGCGCUCCCUUCGACUUCUGCGACGCCGCCGCGGAUCCUCCGCAGCUCCGGCCGCCUCCGUGUCCCGGGAAUGCCGGCGCCGCCCGCGGCCCGGCCCCGCCGGGAAGAGGCUCUGCCAGCGCUCCCAGCGCCUUCCCGCCGGAUGCAGGAAUGCCGGAGCUGGAGCUGGGCGUUCCCGAUCCCGCCCUGGGAAUGCCGGGAAUGGCUGAGCCGAUCCCGUGGCCGCUUCCCAAGCCGGACGAGCCGUGCCUGGGCUCGCAGCUGGACGAGCUGCUGUGCCCGCCCCACGACGGCCGAGGGCCGGCAGGACGAGAAGGCGCUGCUGGAGCAGCUGGUCAGCUUCCUGAGCCGGCAGGACGAGAGCGAGCUGGCCGAGCUGGACCGAGCGCUCGGCAUCGACAAACUCGUCCAGGGCGGCGGCCUGGAAGCGCUGACGGAACGAUUCCAACCCCACCAAUCCACGCCGCCCCCGCUGCUCCUGGAGCAAAAACCGGGAAUGUUCCCGCAGCCCUUCCCACCCUCCUCCUCCUCCUCUUCCUCCUCCUCCUCCUCCUCCUCCUCCUCCUCCUCCUCCUCCUCGGCCUCUCCCAGCGCCAACAUUCCCGGCGCUUUCCCGGGAAUGCUGCGGCAGAAGCCGUCCUUCGGCGCCGUCCCCGUGGCCGUCCCUCCGCCGCCUCCGCGCGCGGCGUUCCCGAAUUCCAUGGGAAUCCCGCCCCGGCAGCCGCUGAGCCGCCCCCCGAGCGCUCCCAACCAGCUCCGGCUGCAGCUGCAGCAGCGGCUCCAGGGCCAGCAGCAGCUGCUCCAGCAGAACCGCCAGGCUCUCCUGAGCCAGUUCGCCGCCAGCGCUCCGGUGGGAAUCUCCAUGAGGGCGGGAAUGCAGCAGCAGCUGGCGCCGCAGCCCCCCCUGAACGCGCAGAUGUUGGCGCAGCGGCAGCGGGAGCUCUACAGCCAGCAGCACCGGCAGCGGCAGCUGAUGCAGCAGCGCGCGCUCCUCAUGCGCCAGCAGAAUUUCGGGAAUAACCUCCCGCCCUCCGGAGCCGCCGCGCUCCCGGUGCCCCUGGGAGCCGCCCCUCGCUUGCCCCAAGGCCAGCAAUUCCCGUAUCCCCCCGGUUACG